UACACUUUAAGAACACAUCGCUCUCUUUAGUAGGACGCAACCAUGACACACGAGAACAGCCAAAUCAAACUUGUUUUCAAAAACCAAACGAUUUUCUUGACUGGGGCAACGGGGUUUCUGGGCAAAGUCAUGAUCGCAAAACUACUAACAGACUGUGAAGAUAUUAAGAGGAUCUACAUGCUGCUACGACCCAAAAAAGGGAAGAACAGUGAGCAACGCUUUGAAGAAAUUUUUGAGCAGCCUUGUUUUGAGUUGUUAAAAUCCAAAACUAGCAACUGGAAGGAAAAAGUUUCGCUAAUUGAAGGGGACUGUGAGGAACCUUUCUUAGGAAUAAGCGACGAUAAUUUGAAAAUUUUGAAGAAUGAAGUUAAUUUUGUUAUCCAUCUUGCAGCGAAUGUAAGGUUUGAUCAGAGUCUGAAAAAGGCUGCUAACAAUGUUAAAUCUACUGCAGAUCUUCUGGAAUUGAGUAAGGACAUAGUUAAUUUAAAGUGUUUCGUUCUUGUAUCGACAGCUUAUUCCAAUUGUAUAUAUUCUCACAUUAAGGAAGAAAUAUACGAUCCGCCCAUACAGCCCGAACUUUUGUUCAGUAUGGUGAAUGGUCUAGAUGAGAGUGUUUUGACAAAUUUAACACCCGCAUUAUUACGAAAGAAAUGGGCGAACACUUACGUAUACAGCAAAUGCAUUUCUGAACAUUUAAUGAAAGGUGCAGCGAAAAAUUUUCCAACCACUAUAGUUAGGCCAUCAAUUGUGAUGAAUUCAGUUAAAGAACCAGAAGUAGGGUGGAUUGACAACAUCUAUGGGCCUAUUGGCUUGCGACAAUAA